AAAUAAAAAAUAAAAUAAAAGCAAAGAAGGGAGGCCAUCCACUCUCGUUUCUGAAAAGUUAGAGGAAGGAUCGGACGCAAACAAACACAAGCAGAAGAAGACCCACCAAGAACUCACAGCAAGAAAGAGAAAAUGGCAAGCAGUACCAUCGGCGGUGACGAUAGCGGAGGCGCCACCGUAAGCCUCACCGUGAAGUUCAGCGGCAGAACAAUUCCCAUCACAAACCUCUCUGUGGACUCCACCAUCAAAGACCUCAAGGCCCUUCUGCAGCCUCUCACCAAUGUCCUUCCUCGCGGCCAAAAGCUCAUCUGCAAAGGGAAGCUUCUGGUGGAUGGAAUGACACUGAAGGAGUCUGAGGUCAGGGAUGGAGCCAAGAUCAUGCUCAUGGCUUCUCAGGGCUUGCACCAAGGGGACGGACCCAUCCUAAAACAAGCUCAGACACGCCCCAUUUCCAGAUUCAGAAUUGUUGAUACAUUGGGAAGAGAAAAGACGGAAGUUCCUGUUGAUAAGAACCGGUUGGAUAGAUGGAAGGCUACUGGAGUUAUAGGACUGUCUGACUACAACUUGAAGGCUAUACCUGAUGAAGUGUGGGCUUCUGGGACUUCUGCAAGAGUUAUUGAACUCAGCAAUAAUUCUAUUCGAGAUGUACCUUCAAAGAUUGGUUGUCUAAGCUCCUUGCAGAAAUUGUUGCUCGCUGCAAAUGAUAUAGUGGAUGAUUCUAUUAGCUGGGAAGGAAUAGUAACUUUGAAGUAUCUAACCGUUCUGUCUCUGGAGCAAAACCAUUUAACGACAUUGCCAUCUUCACUGGGCUUGUUGACAUCACUGAGGCAACUUAAUGUUGCAAAAAACAAAUUAUCUAGCCUCCCAAAUGAAAUAGGACUUCUGACUAAGCUUGAAGUUCUGAAAGCGAACAAUAACAGGAUAAGCAUCAUCCCUACAUGUAUAGGGGAUUGCAAUGCUCUUAUUGAGGUUGAUGUUUCGUCAAAUCUUCUUUCCGAGUUGCCAGAGACAUUGGGAAAUUUGAACAAUCUGAAGUCUUUGUAUCUCAGCAACAACGGUUUGAAAGCGCUUCCCACUGUGUUAUUCAAAAUGUGCUUACAGCUCACAACACUUGAUCUGCACAAUACAGAAAUAACUGUGGAUGUCCUUCGUCAGUUUGAAGGCUGGGAAAGUUUUGAUGAACGACGCCGGUUGAAGCAUCAGAAGCAACUGGAUUUCCGAGUUGUAAACUCCGGUGCAUUUGAUGAAGGUGCUGAUAAGAGCUGAUGCCGCUCAAGUCUGGAUUACAGUUCGCAAUUGUGCAAAUUUGUUGUCCAUGCUUGCUAUAUUUGUAUCUAGAAUUACAAAACCAAGCUCUGAUCUGAUGUCUAUGGAACUUGAAUUGUCAUAGGAUUUUGCAUGAAUCAAAGAAAUUGAUGACAUGAAAAGUUUACUAUAAGAAGCGUUUGAUUUGUC